UUUCAUUAAGAAAUAUUGUAAAGCAUUAUGCAUCUUCAAAACACUCUAUUUUGGGCAAUCGCCAUUACUGCAUCUACAACUGCUGUAACAGCCCUUGUUCUUCCAAGCCCUUCUGCAAUAAAAAUACCUAUCUUUAGAAAAGGAUCAAGAUUGGCAAAACGCGAUGUUUCGAUUAUCGAAACUAUUACUGACUCUGCCUAUUAUUAUUCUGAAAUAUCGAUCGGAACACCUCCACAGAAAUUCGUUGUUACAUUAGACACCGGAAGUGCAGAUCUCUGGGUUACUUCGGCAAGCUGUAAAUCAAGUAGUUGUCCAACUCACGGAUUUAAUGAAAGUUUGUCUUCAAGCUAUGUAUCUAUAGAGAAUGAUGCCAGUGUUCUUAAAUAUGGCACUCCUCCCACUUACAAUUACGCAAAUGGAAGCUAUGCCUAUGAAACAGUAUCAUUUGGCAAUAUCACUGUUGAACAUCAGAAAUUUGCUCUCAUGCAUAACAUCUCUGCCAACAUGCUUAAUGCGCUGAUGCCUGAUGAGCCGGAUAUCUCUGGUAUACUUGGACUUGGCUUCCCUAACGGAACUAAUAGCCGUAAGCAAACAUACAACCCUCUUGUAACCAACAUGGCUGAACAAAGACUAAUUCCUGAACCUAUCUUCUCUUGGGCCUAUGGUCCAGGCUUUGCCGUACCUGGCGAUAAAGGCGAAAUGGUUCUUGGAGCAAUUGAUUCUACAAAGCACACAGGUGAUAUCCAAUAUGUUCCUGUAGUCCCUUUUAAUAGCACUCUUGGAUACACCCACUGGCAAUCCUACGGCCAGUUCCUUGCUGUUGCUGAUAACGGAACAGAGCAAGUCCAUACAAGCUUGUUAAAUGACACAAGUUACCCUCUUGCUAUCUUUGACACUGGUGCACCAUUCACUGAAUUACCUCUUGAAUAUGCACAAGCCAUCUUUGCAGGCCUCACAGGCUCAAACAAUUUCACAGCAGUAGUACCUGAUAGUCCUUUAUGGGACAUUGACUGUAGCUAUCUCAACACCACUAAACGAAUUCAGCUCGGAUUAUCUCAUUCUCUUGACGAAACAGCCAAAGAUUCUUCGCCUCUCAUCCUUGAUAUGCCAGCCUCCGAAAUGAUUAUUCCUCUAGACUCUCUAGAUGGUAAAAGAGCAACCAAGUGUGCCUGGGGUAUUCGAGCCAACAAAGAUUUGCAUUUCUUGCUGAUUGGUCAAACAUUUUUACACAAUAUGUACCUUGUAUUUGAUAUUGGAAAGGCUCAAACAGGGUUUGCUCCACUGGUUGGUACAACUACUAAAGUGUCUGUAUAAUAGAUCAUUUUGUAUAAUAAAUAAAGGAAUAUGUAUUUAGUGUUCG